CUCCCAUCAGAUGGCGCACCUUUUAGAAAGUCGAACUCCCGUGUCGCGUCAUCAACCUGCGACCUUUUUUUCCUGUCCUUGUACGCAGCGUGGAAAAAGAUCCAAUACAUUCUAGCAAGAAUAUGUCUAAACUAAGCAAAGAAACAAAACAGCGGAUGCAGCAGGUUUUCCAAUGCGGACAGUUCAUAAUCCGGUGGGGAUUUAUCCCAACGGUACUUUACUUAGGGUUCAAACGCGGCGCUGACCCGGGGAUGCCGGAGCCCACCGUCCUGAGUCUGCUUUGGGGCUGAGGACUGCGUGAGGAUGAAGCCCUGCUGGACGUGUCCGCUCUCUGCUGACUGAUCAGAUCGACCGACCGACUUGAUGCCCAUGGUCGCCGUCCCACUGACGUCCAGAGCCGACUGGGAGACUGUUAUUUCCGCCCUGAAAUCCAGAAGAGCCACACAGCUGUGUCCAGACAAACAUUUAUGUCUCUCGCUUGACUUGUAUGUGUGUGAAGAUCUUUUUUGUUGAUGGUUGCUGUAUUUCGUUUUUCUUCUUCCCAAUAAAUUAUCUUCCUAAGAGCACGUA